GUGCCUAUUUAAAAGUUGCAUUGCUGACCCUUAGCUGGACAUUUCAACACACAUCCUACUCCGGCUGCCGACAUGUCAGUGUCUAUUCCACUAAUUGUGCUGAGCAACGCUCUUCUUGUAUGGUGUGCAGCAGUUGGCUUACACCAGCAAGAUGAUGCCCCAACGUUGGAGCUCAACUUUCAAUCUCUGGACUACAGAAACAUCUUGCACUGGAAAAUGCAACCCAGCACCUUAGACACAGUUCUCUUCUCUGUGCAGUAUAAAAUAUAUGGUGACAAACAGUGGACAGAUGUACGACACUGUCAGAACAUCAGUCAGCACCAAUGUGACCUCAGCAAAGAGACGUCAGACCCAAGGGAGUGGUACUAUGCCAGAGUCCAAGCGUCCAGCAACGGGGUCAUAUCAGAAUGGACCCUGAGUACCAGGUUCUUCCCUCAGUGGGCAUCAUUGUUCAGCCCACCAACGUUGAAGCUGAAUGUGACCGAGCAAAGCAUUGUGAUCCGUGUCCAAGCCCCUCGCACCGCUCACAGGAGGGCUAAUGGAGGACUCAUCCCAAUAACCAAAUACGAGAGGGUCCGCUUCAGGAUAUACCUCACCCAUGACAAUGGAGAGCAGGAGCAGCAUGACAUCGAUGUCUGUAGCAAAGAGCUAAGGAUCGUUAACCUGAAGCCCAAAACGAGUUACUGCCUCCAGGCCGAGACGCUGGUCCCCCGGCGAGGGCAAGUCAGUGACAGGGGCCCUAUGACCUGUGUCACCACACCAUAGGCAGCAAGGGCCCUCGGGAGAAAAUGGCACUGGAUUGUCAACUGGACACGUGUGUGCCCCUCAUCUGUCACACUCAGGGAGAAUAUUGUACUGGAUUGCUGACUGAACACCUGCACAACUGUAGAUCCUCAUCCGUUAGACUUGACUUGAAAAGCUUCCUGACCUCAGCUGUACUUUGUACAUACACAUUAUAAUGAUGUUUGUAAAAUGUUUUACAGGUUUUUUUUAAUGCUUAUACAAUAACAGUGAUUAUUGAUGCACAAUUUGCCUUCCCACAUUGACAUGUUAAAACAGUUUUAGUUCACUCAGCAAUUGGAGCUUGAACACUAGAAAUAAGCCUCUGGUUAGCAUUUGGUCUGGAUUACAGUGGUGGACCAUAUACGACAGAGAGUAAAAGUCAGAAUUAGAGGAGGGAAACGAGGAUGAGAACCAGGAGAUGAAUAAGUAAGAGGAGGAGAGGGAGGAGAUGGAAUCUUACGGACAGAACUGAAAAGAUGGUGCACUCUUAAAAAACAAAUGUAUUGAACACAACACAACUUGCGUUGUUUUUAAAACAUCUCU